AGGCGCAGCGCGCCUGCGUAGUCGCUUCCCCACACAUGCUGGCAUUGCUGCUGCUGCUGCUGCUACUGGGAGAGGCAGCUGCAGCGGCUCAGGUUCACCUGCGCGGUCGUGUCUUCUUGGGAGGAGAGUGUUUUGCUGCUUGAAAGCGAACGUCUGUGUUCUCGGUAAACAUGGAAGAAUUGCAAGAUGUCCAAUUGACGGAGAUCAAGCCCCUCCUGAAUGAUAAGAAUUCAGCUCGAAACUUCCAGGACUUUGACUGUCAGGAGCAUGACAUCGAGACAGCUUGUGGAGUUGUUCAUGUCACUAUGCGGGGCACCCCAAAAGGAAACAGGCCCGCCAUCCUCACAUACCAUGAUAUUGGACUAAACCACAAGUCCUGCUUCAAUGCUUUUUUCAACUUUGAAGACAUGCAGGAAAUCACUCAGCACUUUGCUGUGUGCCAUGUCGAUGCCCCAGGACAGCAAGAAGGGGCUCCCCCUUUCCCCUCUGGAUACCAGUAUCCCUCUGUUGAUGAAUUAGCUGAAAUGCUCCCUGCUGUUCUUACGCACCUGAGUCUGAAAAGCGUAAUUGGUAUUGGCGUUGGAGCUGGCGCUUAUAUCCUUAGCAAGUUUGCAUUGCAUCACCCUGACUUGGUGGAAGGUCUGGUACUUGUUAACAUUGACCCAUGUGGAAAAGGAUGGAUGGACUGGGCAGCAUCUAAGUUUUCUGGGUGGACAACAAACAUUGUGGACAUUGUUCUGGCUCACCAUUUUGGUCAUGAAGAACUGCAGGCUAACUUGGAGCUGAUCCAGACCUACAGACUUCAUAUUGCACAGGACAUCAAUCAGGAGAACUUACAGCUCUUUGUCACCUCCUAUAACAGCCGUAGAGAUCUGGACAUUGAGAGGCCAGUCUUGGGUAUGACUGAAGAGGCAGGAAAAACACUCAAGUGUCCUGUCUUAUUAGUGGUUGGGGACAGCUCACCAGCAGUUGAAGCUGUGGUUGAAUGCAAUUCACGGCUGGAUCCAAUGAAUACAACACUCUUGAAGAUGGCAGACUGUGGAGGGCUCCCUCAAGUCGUUCAGCCUGGGAAACUGACUGAAGCCUUCAAGUAUUUCGUGCAGGGAAUGGGCUACAUCCCUUACGUGCAGCUCAGUCACCUGAGCACUGAGUCAGUGCCAUCUGCAAGUAUGACCAGACUGAUCCGCUCCCGGACCCAGUCGUCCUCCAGCGUUGGCUCUGGAGAGAGCAGCCAAACACGGUCUCAAGCCAGCAACCCAGGGGAGGCAGCGGCUGGAAUUCCUGGAGCAGCUGGUGCUCCUCAGACUAUGGAAGUAUCCUGCUAAGCAAGCAACCAUCUUCUGUAUCCAGACGAUCCCUCUUCUCCCCUUCUGAACCCCCCCAGAAUCCAGUGUUCACCCAAACAUGUGGCAUUAAUAAGUCCCCCUCCCAACCUUGUGCCUGCCCAUCUUACUUGCCACCUUCUCAGCUAUUUGUCUCUUUGGCAUUAUGUUCCAAAUCUUUUCUUUCUUUCCUGCAUUGGCUACAGAAACAUGGGCUGUGUACAGACGUUCCUGAAAACAGGAGUGGGCUUGUGGGCCUUUGGGGUGGGGAGGGUUGGUUGUGCAGGGUGAGCGCCACUUUCCCCCUGACUUUGCUCCUUUGCUGACACACAAUCCAGAGCAGUCUCUCUCUCCUUUCUCACCACACGGCCGCCAUGUUUCAGGUGAGCUGUCUGCUUUGCAUUUAUUCCGCACCACCACCGCUCCCGGCCUUCAUACGUCACCUGCUUCUUGUGAUGUUUAGCAUUUUGACAAAAAGGUUUUUUUCUUUGUGGGUAUUUGCUCGGUCUUGGUUGGUUUUUAGUUUUACUCUUUGGAACAUGCUCCGAGAAAGUGGGGAGGUUUCAUGGCUCAGCCAUGGCUGUCAGCUAAUCGGCGCUGCACAGAGCAAUGCUUUGGGUGGGUGGGGAACAUUUACGAGUGACUCAAGGGCUGGCCAAUCAAUGCUGUGUUAAUCUGGCUUCUACUCAAACUGGAAAAGCAGAAUCCUCCUGAGCUCAGACUGUGUGUGUGUGGCACAAGUGUGGCAAGUGAGCUUCCCCAGCGCGCUCGUCACAUCUGUAUGCAUCCAUUGCACUAACAUUCCAUUGGUGCUAACGGAGAGAGUUACUGUAUAUGUUGGUGCCAUUCCUCCCCCCCCCCCGCCCCGAUUCCUGUGUUGUCAAACCAUGUGAAACUGGUGGGUCUCCUGUUUUGUUUUGAAUCCAAAUAAUUUCUGUGGCUUGUGCACUUAGAACUGCUUUCUAGUUGUGCUUCUGCUGAAGGUUAUUAGGGCUCUUGGCUGCAGUCUUUACAAUGUCUUUGGGGCAGGGGUGAAGAUUCAGUGUUUUAAAACUUCAGGGGUGGGUGGGUCUUGAAUCCUGCACUGUCUGAACUCUUGAGUGCAUCCCGGCAUAUGCUGCAUAUUUUCACACUGUAGGGAAGUGUAAGUCUUUCAUAGCUGAGGUGGUGAAAGGCAUGCAAAAGGAUCUCCUACCAGGGCUGCUGGGACACCAAUUUAAAGAAAGAGCAAGGUUUCUCAUGAGCUUAGCUCUCCCUGAUGAAAGUGUCCUAUUCAGCAGUGUACAAGGGAUUUUAUACAUUCUACGGUAGCCAGAGUGCUGGGUUAUAGAGGCUUUAGAAAGGGAGCUGGAUUAUAUUUAGAAUGACUGACUUCUGCCACCCUGGGGGUGGGCGGCGGGGGGACCAGUGCUUUCCCAAGCUGGAGGAGAAGAAGAAGAAGAGAACAGUUGGCUUAAGAUGUUCAUACAAAUAUCUUACCCUGACUGUUUCAUGAUAGUGACUUGCACAAUCAAUUACACCUGUUAGACAGCCACUCUCCAAAAAUGAAAUGAAUUUUCCAAAAUAUAUUUAAUGGUUGAGUAAAGUGAACUAUAUAUUAACUGAAAAACCAUAGAUUUCUAAAUCAUUGAUGGAGGAUUGUUUUUUCAGCCUAGGUCCCAGUAGUCACACAGUGUUCUAUGGUAAUAAUGUCAAUUUUGAUGUAGCAGCAAUUUUGAUGUUCAACAACUGGGAAGUGUUUAUUCUAUAUUUGCUAAACUUGCUGGACACUGAUGCAUUACAAUUGCAAUGCCAGUUCUAUUAAAGUGUAUGUAGUCCAAUCCCACCCCACCCCCAUUUUCCUGGUUUAAAACUGGCAUUCUGCAAACUUCCCUAUUCACUGCUAUAGCCUCCUCAUGGGAAAUCCCCAAGCCUUUUAAUUAUGAAACAUGCUGUUUGCAAUAUGUGGGAAUAACUUAGCAAACAGGUCAGCGGAGACUUCAGAUUACGGUUUUGGACAUAUGGAGGGACAGACAAGCCAAUUUUAUAGCCUUUCCGAAAGCAGUUAUGUUGCUACAAAAAACUUGGGGUGCGGGUGGGACUAUAUUGGGUCUAUGAUUUGUUCUGCUUGCAUCAUGCAGGCGUCUUGAGCUUGUAUUGAGCUAAGGGAAUGCAUCUGUGUACUGUAUAAUGUAACAGUGUGCUCUGUUUAGGGCCUGUUUUUUUAUAUAUUUUUCAUAGGCUGAUAUUAAACUCUAUUGUCUUGACAAAUUCAGCAGUCUUGAUAGAAGUGGGUAGGUUUGCCCUGGGAGCUAGAUAGUUCCCAGAUUAUAUUGUUCUCCUGAAUUAGAAGGUUGCUGCUUUUCUGCUUCCCGUUGGGAAGUGUGUGAUUUCUGAUCUGAUAAGAGGGUGAAAUAAUUGCUGAUGUGCUGCUGACUUAUUCAUAAUACGGUGGCAGAAUAUACUUGGCUCAUGGGGUCAAGUUCCUUGGAAAAACCAGGUUUGGCUCUGUUUCAAAUAGGGAACCGGAAGAUUCUGCUUGGGAGGGAAAAUUCGUACCAAUUAAAUAAAGCUAUAAUCGAGUCUCAUUGUUAA